ACAAUUUUUUUUAGCAGAGGUAGGGGCAAAAUGGCAGCUGUAGCCAGCUUCAACUUGGUUGGAGCUUUUAAAGGAUUCUCCUUGGGUUCAAGCUCGUCGUCUACUUUCUUCAAAGGUGAUUUUGGGUCUAGUAGUGCUGGUAACAGGGUCUCCCUCUCAUUUCCUGUUAAAGCUCCAUUAAUAAUUGAGUCUGCGCACAAGAAAGGAGCUGGAAGCACCAAGAAUGGUCGAGAUUCAAAAGGUCAGAGACUUGGUGUCAAAAUCUAUGGUGAUCAGGUUGCCAAGCCUGGUGCAAUUAUCAUUCGGCAGCGUGGGACCAAGGUAAGGUGUCUGGACCUCAUUUGUCCAAUUCAAUUUUUUGAAGAAGCUUUCCGAAAAUAUUGGGAAUAGAAAACAAUUUAUGGA